UUCCAAAGCAUCGAGGUAUCGAUGUUUCCAUCGAUGUUUUCUGCACCUCUAGAGUACAGCGUAGUUGCUUUUGUUUGUGUGUUUUUGGAUUCACAUUUACCCCAUUCAAUAUUUAAUUUAGUGAGCCAAUAACGGAACGGAAAUAUGGAUUAUGCAAAAGUUACUGCUUAGCGAUAGGCGAAAACCAGCCGCAUGAUAAGGACGCAACCUGCUGAAGGCCUUUUUUCUACAAGUAUAAACAAUUUUUCUACGUUCCUUCUCAAUGGUGUAAUAGUGUGCGUGUGUGUGUGUGUGCGUGCGUGAGAAAAAAAUAUUAAUUUUUGAAAUAUAAAAGGGAAAAGACUUCAGAGAAUAGUUAAAGCAAAGACCUAGUAAACUGAAAAUAUCUGCAUUGCCGCAAUCCGAUUACAUAUAGAAUAAAAAAAAAAAAAAAAAGAACCACACACACCCGCACAUUCGCUGGGGGAAACAUACAUACAUACAUACACACAGAUGGCAGUGCAUAUAUAAAGGGCGCAACGUUAAAAUUAUACAGACAGUUUGUCUUAAAAUGGACAAUACUGCUGCUGGCCAGUAUGUGCGGAAGAAACUCGCCUGAUAUGGACACAUGGAAUAAAAGUUCGCUGUAAAUAGUUAGGAAGAAAGAUUUAAAAUGAAAACCAUAACGCCGGAUACGACGACGUCGACGUCGCAGCACCCACAACUUCUCAUUCCACAAGCGGAUCACCUGCAGCCCCAACCGCUGCAGCAGCCUCACCAGCAGCAGCAGCAGCAGCCCCACCAGUCCCUGGUGGCUUCUGCUCCGCCUCCGUUGAUAAUGGAACACGUAAACCUGGUGGACGACGACGAGAGGGAUCCUCUGGCCCUGGAGCAGCCGCCGGAUGCGUCGCCCACAACCAAGCACACCCACAGUCUGAGACGCCACCUACCACGUAUAAUCGUUAAGCCAAUACCACCUGAAAAGAAGCCUUUGGCGCCCAGUGACAGUGGUCUGACCAUACUGCCAGGCACGCAACCUCCCCCCUCAGUCUCGGUCAGCACCGCGCCCACAUCGACAACUGCUCCGCCCGCCCGAUGGAUCAGCAGCCGACGCAUCCAGCAGCAGCAACAGGCUAAAGCGGCUGCUGCGGCCGCCGCUGCAGAGGCAGCAGCAGCAGCGGAGGCGGCGGCAGCGGCGGCUGCCCAAGCACGAGCUGCUGCCGGCGGCAAUGCUAACUCGGCGCACUCGCCAGGCAGCAAGGGCGGUGGCUCUUCGCAAGCCAACACCAUGCGCGAGGUGUUGGCCUCAAUACCCGGUUUCAGUGUGAAGCCCCGGCGCCGGAACAACAAGAAGCUAACCACUGCGGCGCAAAUCGAACAGACGAAGGACGGAAAGAUCGACCUGGAGACGCCAGACUCGAUCCUGGCCUCAACGAACCUAAGAGCGCUGCUCAACAAGCAAACGUUCUCGCUGCUACCGCCGCUCUAUCAAUACAAUCUCAUUCAGCUGCUGCCGAGCGUGGAUCGCGAGGCCAGUGAGGUGGAGAUGCCCAGCGGCAGCGGCUCCUCGGAGGCUAUACGGCUGAGCGCGUCCUGCCUGACCAACGAGUUCUUCUCGCGCGCCUCCGUGGAGUGGAGGGAGCGGCUGAGCGAAGGGGAAUUCACGCCCGAGAACCAGCUGAAGCUCAAAACGGAGGCUGAGCGCGAAAAGAAUAAGCUCGAUCCCUGGAAAUUGAAGCAUUUCGAGCCAUACUGGGGCGAGAAGAACUCCCGGGGCAAAGUUAAGCAGGAGGAGCAGAAGCUUCUGGCAAACAUCAAGAGUGAGUCCAAGCCACCACCAGCUACACAACCGCGACGGCAGCAACAACAAGCAACAUGUGAUAAUGAGACUGAAUUAAAAUUUGAUUUGAGCACAAAGUGCGAAAUGACAGCAGCCACAAACACUACAGUAGCUACAGCCAAUACAACCACGCCUCCUGCCAUUUGUCACGCCCACACCAGCCAGCAUCAUCAGAACAAUGUGCUGACCGAGCAGCAGCGUCGAAUUCUUAAACGUCCAUCGAGCAGUCCAUCGAAGCAACGGCGCCAGACCCCCACAUCGAUAACCACUAUCACAUUGGACGACGAUCCAGAUACGGAGGAGCUGCCCAGCACAUCAAAGGACAGCAAGCAACCGAAAAUCGAAGUCGAAAUGGUUCCUAUUGUGGUCUCUGAAGCGGACGUUGUGGACCAUCAGAUCGCAACGGAUACAGACAUCAAGGAGGAGAACCACCAGCAGCAGCCACUUAUCAACAGUACCUGUGAUAAAAUCGAGCCAUCUGAGUGCAGUGGAGAGGUCGCUAUCGUUGCCAUGGAUCAGGACGAGGAUGUGGUGGAGUUGGUGCAGCCAGCGAUGGCUGCGAUUGCCGCGGUUACCCCAGCAAAGGCAGCAGUAGCACUGCCGGAGUCGCUGCCAACCAAUCCGGAGGUGGUUAACCAGUUCGUAAGCUACUUCCAAAGCGUUGAACUAGCAGCUGAAACCAAAGAGCCUUUGGACAAUUUAAACAAUGAGAAUCACACAACGGCAACUAACAGUCACGACUACGUCUUUGCGGAUACCAUCGAUCACGCCUAUUUCCCGACUGAUCCAUCUGCCAUCACGCACAGCUACUUCACAUCAUCAUCGUCAUCGUCUUCAUCUAACACGGCGACAAACACAAUUCUGAAAAUGGAGGAGCAGAGCGAUAAGCUCGACGACUCACCGAUUCCUAUUGCCAGCUCUACUUCUGGUUCGACGCCAGCGAGUUCGAUAACAUCCACCAGUUGUACCUUGUCCUCCUCCUCCAUGUCGUCGUCCUGCUCGAGCAGCAACUCCAGCUCAACAACGGCCACAGCGCCCACCACAUCAUCACUACCCUUGGGAUCGGCUCCGUUGACACUGACCACAGCAACUGAGUCCACUCUGGCUACUGUAGAGGCCAUACUGCCAACAGUUGCCAAGCUGCAACAGCAGCCACAGGACAUACCCGUGGAGUUGAACUCCAAUGAAAUGUAUCAGCACGUGCAGCACGAUUGGAACUUUGGCGACAUCAAGCUGAGCAGUUCGCAGUCAUCCGGAACGGGGGCUGAUCAGAACCACGAGUCCAUUAAUCUGAUAGACGGAGAGCACGAUGGUGUGGUCAUAGAGGAUAUACUGGACAACGAUGGCUGCCAGGAUGUGAUUGAGGAUGAGGUGGAGGACGACGAGGAAGAGGAGGAGGAGGAAGAGGACGACGAUGACGUGGUGGAGUGCAUUGCCGAGGAGCAUCCGGAGCAGCAGCUGAUAGAGGAUGACAGCGAUGCAGUGAGCCAGAUAGUGGAGAAGUUGCAGCAACACCAACAGCAACAGCAACACCAGCAGCAGCAACUGCAUAUCCAGGAUAUGGUGCACCUGGCGCAGCAUUCGUUUAUGCCACAAGCCCACAACGAGUACGGAAGCGAGAUCGCCCAGGAGAUGGUGUGCGAUGCGGUGCCUAUGUCGGCUGCAGAAAUGGAAGUGUCCAGCACUGUGAUCACCAACAGCAGCAACAGCAACGACAGCAGCAACAACCUCAGUCUCUGUAGCAGCAGCAGCAGUCUGACCAUAAAUCAGUUGCCGCAGCAACCGGCACAGCAGCAGCAGAACAAUCAGCCUACUGGACCGCAACAACGUCAGAUUCUGGUUGAUUCCAAUGGCCAGAUAAUUGGCAACUUUCUGCUGCAACAGCAACGCCAACAGAUCUUGCAACAGUUCACAUUGCAAGCGGCUGCCGCGCAGCAGCAACAACAGCAGGCCACGAGUAGCAAUGCUCUGCCCAAGACACUGCCUGUGACUCUUCGCAAUGGCGGCCAGCCCUUCUUGACCCCCAACCUGCUGGCACAACAGCAACAACUGGAACAACAGCAGCAGCAGCAGCAACAACAGCAGCAGCAAGCCGCUGUUCAGCAAAAGCAGCAGCAACUCCAACAGUUUGCCUUGCAACAGGCCCAACUUCAGCGGCAACUAAUGGCGCAGGCAGCCAACAACAAUCUUCUGCAGCAGCAGCAACAGCAGAAUGUUCUGCCAACCACAACACAGGCGAAAUUCAUCAGCAAACCGCUGAACAUAAUCUCCAUGACGCGAACUGCCACUGCAUCGCCUACCACAGCAACAACAACAGCUAAUUCCACAACGAUUCCGUCCGCCUACGCCAGUGUUGUUGCUGUGACAGCCGCGCAACAGCAGCAAUCGUCGCCUGUACCUGCCCCGCAACAGCCGCAGCAGCAGCCCCAGCAACAGCAACAGCAGUUGGCCAAUCACAACAGCAAUGUGCAACAUUUGCCGACGAUACCCAAUUCCCUAACCAUGAAACCUCUGCCACUCUCCGGAGUACCAACCACCAUUGCCCAGCAACGAAUGCAGCCAAAGAUGCAGCCGACGGGUAAGGGGCGCAAGGCCACCAGCAACAAGUUGCCGCCGGGUGCGGUGAACCUGGAGCGCAGCUAUCAGAUCUGCCAGGCUGUCAUCCAGAAUAGUCCCAAUCGGGAGAACUUGAAGGCCCAGCUGCGACCCCCUGCCGCCAUCAUCAACCAACAACAGCAGCCGACGCCCUCUACGGCAGCAGCACCCGUCUCCCUGAGCCCAUCAACAGUGACGGCUGCUCCGAUAGCCAGCAUGUCGGCUGCCAGUGGGAAUGUGGCAGCCACUGUGGCGGCGGCAGCACCUCCGCAAAACAUCAUCAAGCAGGAGGAGUUGAUGGUUAGCGGAGCUGCCGCCACUGGGCAGAUUCCAGCGGGACUUCCGCCCAAUGUGAUGGGCGUCGGACGUCCAGGAGUGUAUAAGGUUAUUGGUCAUCGAAUGAGUGGCUUUCCGCGUAAGAAGUACGUCCCAAGGAAGCCCUCUCCCACUCUGAUACGGCACGUGUUCACGCCAGGACCAGGUGCUGCCACAGCCACUCCCCAGCAGCUGCAAUUGCUCCAGCAGCAGCAGGCCCAUCAUCAGGCAGCAACUGCUCCGGUGGCACAGAAUCCGCAGCAGGCGGCCACGGAGCAAAUAAUUCACCAAAACGGCAGCGGGCAGUAUGUUUUGGUGCAUCGGGCCAAUGUGGGAGCAGCCGACAAUCAGGCGCCAAGGGCGUCCAGUGCUCCGCCACUUCAUCAGAACCAGCAGUUCGUCACUGUUCAGAAUCCACUGCACAGCCUCAACGGCAUAUCAAUGAGUGGACGCGGGCGUCCAGCGUCGGUGGAUACAACCGCUGGCAGUGGCAACGUCAUGGCGCCAACAAUAACUGCCACAGAUGCUAUGCACCAGCACGAGCUGCAACAGCAGCCGCAGCAGCAGCUGGCCAAUGUGGGCGCCGCCACGAAUAUUGUGCGGCGCAAUAUCGCUGCAGGCACCAAUAUCGCCUACAUCGCCGAGGGCAACAACACCAACUCCCCGGCAGUCGCUCUCAUGGAAGCUGGAAACAAUUACCUUGCCGUGACCAACUCUGGAGGAGGUGCAACAUCAGUGUCGCCUGUUGUCAACCACCAACCGGCGCAGCAGCAGUCGCAGACAUUGCAACAUCCCCUGCUGCAGAUGCAGCAGAAUGUGAGUGGUGAGAACACCCCGCCGGGAAACGACGCCAACACAACACCCAACAACUGCGCAUGUUCGCUCAACGCGAUGGUGAUCUGCCAGCAGUGCGGCGCCUUCUGUCACGACGACUGCAUCGGUUCGUCGAAGCUGUGCGUGGCGUGCGUGAUCAGAUGAGAUGGAUAACGCAUUAUUGUUAGUUAGAGAUCCCCGACCGACGCACCCCGGAUGUUUGCCGUUUGAAGCACUAAGCACUAAGUAAGAGGAAUGCCAGUGCAUGAGGCUUACGCACAGACACCCCACAUACACAUAAAUGUAUAUUUUAAUUCAUACGCAACUCAUGUAAUCUAAGCCACCAGGCUUAGGCAGGCAGUUAGGCUUAGGCAGUUCGAGACACAUUUUGUAUAAAGAUAAAGGAUUAGAUGGAAGGCUUAAGUGCAAGCUAUGUUGUGUAUUUUGUGCUUGUUGCGUAUCCCUUGAGAUACUCGUUGAUUUUUGUGAUUUUUGAAUGGAUAUCACAGGCACACCACUCUAAAGCAAGCAACACUCUCAUUGUAAUUACUACAAAAAGUAUGUAUGGUUAAUGAAAAGUACACCUGUACACCUGUAGGGGGAAACUAUGAUUUAAA